ACCCCCGCCCCCAUCUCCCGCCCCGCCCCUCCUCCAAAACAACCCCUUCUCGGCGCGGCCUCCAUGUUGGCUUCCGUCACGCCGAGCGACCGCAGCGACGGCGAGUCCAGCGACGACGACGACGGAGGUGGAGACGAAGGAGACGGGGAGGCCGAGCCGCGGCCCGCCCGCCACCCAAUGGACGUAGCGUCCAUUAUCACGCAAGUGAGCAUAGACGACGAACGCGGCGGGGGCGCCGCUGCUGCAUCGCGAGGGAAAGGGUCGUUUAGUAAAGCUGUAGUGAAGAAAAUCGAAACAAGAAAAGCCUGUUUGGCUCAUUCUUCAGCUGCUUUCGCAAGUACGAUGGCGAGCCUGCUGUCCCCAAAAGCAUUGCCAUCGAGGCAACCCAAGAAGGUGGAGGAGAAUGGGGCCCUGCUCAAGCCAGUGGAAAGGCCACUUUUACCAGAGCUAAGGCCCUUGGAUGAAGGGAAGAAGUGUAUGGUCAUCGAUCUAGAUGAGACCCUGGUGCACAGCUCUUUCAAGCCCAUUGAAAAUGCAGACUUCAUAAUUCCAGUAGAAAUUGAGGGAACAACACACCAGGUGUACGUGAUGAAGAGACCUUUUGUGGACGAGUUCCUUCAGCGCAUGGGAGAACUUUUUGAAUGUGUCCUCUUUACUGCUAGCCUAGCUAAGUAUGCAGACCCAGUGGCUGACCUGCUGGAUCGAUGGGGAGUGUUCAGAGUUCGUCUCUUUCGAGAAUCCUGCGUCUUUCACCAUGGCAGCUACGUAAAGGACUUGAGUCGGCUCGGCCGUGAUCUCAGCCAGACCAUCAUCAUCGACAACUCGCCAGCCUCUUACAUAUUCCACCCGGAAAAUGCGGUGCCAGUGGGUUCAUGGUUUGAUGACAUGUCCGACAUGGAGCUGCUGGACCUCAUCCCACUCUUUGAGGAGCUCGGUAAAACCGAGGACAUCUUCACCAUCCUGCAGCGUCAUCGGCAGAGGUAGCGGCCACUUUCAAAAGAGCUGCGUCGGACACCAAAAAAAUGAGACUGCGGCAAAGUUAUUUCCAGCAAUAUUCUUUACCAAAUUAGACUCUCUCGGUCUGUUGUCCAGGUGACUGUAAGCAAUCGGUUAGAUACUGAUUGAACAUUAUUGGUGAAAAUAACCAUCUUGUCCGCGGCAAGUACUCAUGAGGUUUACUGAAACUGCCAGUUAAUGACCUGACAUGUUGUUAGGAGGUGUCACUGUCUCGUGUUGCUGGUGGUGGAUAAAAGUGACUGUCUUUCCAGUCUUCCCGAGAUCAACUGCAUGCCUCUCAUUGUUGUGGAAAACUAUCCAAAUUAUAAAUCCUGUGCCCUCUUGGGGGAGGGGGGGGAGUAAGCUCGCUUAUAAAGGUGACUGUGCCAUCAAACAUUUGCUUGCUUCCUCCUGAGCCUUACCUUUUAUGCUGUUGCCUGCCAUUCACCAGCACCACGGUUGCUCUGUGUGUCAAUUUAUUUUACAUUAAACAGCUUAAUUGGUUGUGAUUGGCUUUUAUCCAAAUUCACACACACUUGGAAGAUGUAUUUUCUCUUAUCCUGGAGACUGGUUCCUCUUUCAUAAUAUCAAGCGUUGAUGAUACAGUAUGACUGUCUCAACAGAAGAUGUUGCCACCAAACUGCUAUGGAAAACCUCUGCAGUUUUGAAAAGACUUUGCACAACGGUAUCACUAGGGAAGCUGGUGGUGGAAUGACAUGACGUAACAUGUCUUCAUUGUGCCAGAAAAACAGUUUUUUGUUUUAAGGCGUUAUUAUAUAGAUAUUUACUUUUUCCCCUUUUAUAACUUAAAAUCGCGUUGAGUGUAUUGUGAACGUUAUAUGGGAAGUUGGGAGGGCUUUUUAAUGUCUUAACUGUUACAAUGUUACUAGGAUAUAAAAAUAAUCUAUUUUUGCAAUUUUGGGAAUUCGGAUUCAAGUCCUUAAGAUGCUGUAAAACUGUAAAGCACUUGCACCUUAGCGGUGUGUGCUUUUCAAGGCUGUGUUUGCAUUUGUGCAUGUUUUUUUUAAGUCAUGAGUGUAAAAUUUGUAAAGCUUUGGCAAAAUAUUGUAUGUGAUAAACACCAGUGUUUUCAUAUUUUAAGUUUGGUAGGACCAAACAAUGUCUGGCUUUAUUAUUGAUCUCUACAAUCCCCAUUAUUGAGGACCAAUGCAACGAAAGGUUCCGUAUUGUGAAAUGGCAAACCAUGACAAAAUAGAUAAUUUAGUGUGCUUUAUUUUUUAUUUACUUUUUUUAUUUUGAUCCUACACAUUUGGUUUGUUUGAUAAUACCUUUUAAAUGUGGACCUUUUUAAUUUUGGUUGUAGUAAAACUUUGGCAUUAAAUAUAGCAGUUACCAUUUCACAGUAGCUUGUAUGUACUCUUGUGGUCAUGACAUGUUUUGGUUUUUAGGUGCUCAUUGAGUAAGAUAAUAAUUUAUUUAAUAUUAUUGUGUUACAUAAAUACACUUGGUACCACUACAAUAUUUUUUAAUUAUAGUGUUAACGAAUUUCGUACAUCGUUUAAGGUUGCUGUUAAUAAAGGACAUAUGAGGGUAGAUUUUUGUUAACGUUGCUGUCAUCUCUACGAGAUAUUAGGAGGGAAAAAAC